AUGUAUUCCAGCAUACUCGUCCUUUUUCCUCUUCUCCCCACCCUACUCGCCACGCCUCUCAGGAUCCGACAGGAUGUUAUCGGCCUGUCUACUCCAGGUGCGGACACUGCGGCUGCUGUCUCAUCGACCGAUUCUGCAGCCUCGGUGUCUGCCAGUUCGACUGAAAGCUCUUCAGACAGUGCUUCGGCUACUGCCAGCUCGACUGAUAGUGCCGCCGCGUCAGCCACUGCCAGCACCACCAAUAGUGCUUCUGCGUCAGCCAGUACCGCCGACACCUCCAACGAUCUCACGGUCGUAAAGUUUGCCGCCCUUGCCGAGAACCUGGAGAACAACUUUUACAACACGGCACUCGCCAAAUUCGAUGCCCAGGCUUUCGCCGACGCCGGGUUUGCUGAUGGCCAGAGUAUCUCCGAUCAGCUCUCUGUGAUUGGCAAAGACGAGUCUACCCACCUCAGCACUCUCCAGGCCGUGGCCAAAGCCAUGAGCGCCGAUACUGCCGACGUGGACUCGUGUCAGUUCAACUUUGACUCUGCUCUCACCGACGUCAGCACCUUUUUGGCUACUGCUCGUACCCUCGAGUUUGUUGGUAUCUCGGCGUACCUCGGUGGUACCACUUUGAUCGGGGACAAGAGCUUGCUGGUCAAUGCUGCGCAGAUCACGACUGUAGAGUCGAGGCACAAUACCGUUUUGAACCUGUUCAACAGCGGCUCUUCCGUUGCCAACGCAUUCGACAUGGCUCUGUCUCCUCAACAAGUUCUCAGUCUCGCCGCGCCGUUCGUCUCUGGCGGUUGUGACCCUGUCGCUGCCCUUGGCUUGACCCCCACUCCCCAGCUUACAGUCACCAACAAUGGCACCGUAUCGCCCGGCGAUCUUGUCACCUUUGGGGGUGACGGUAUCAAGGACGUUGAUCAAAGCGGCUUGUUCUGCAAUAUGAUUGUCGGUGGAUCUACCGAGGCCAUCAACCUUGCUGUUGGCGACUGCAAGGUCCCAGAUGGUCUCGACGGAGCUGUUUACUUGUUCCUCACCAACAGCUCUACCCCCUUAAGCUCCAACAUUCUCAAUCAAGACGCCUCGAUCCUCGUCGCUGGUCCUGCGCUUGCGUUUAUUGAUUCAGUCGAGAACAAGGCGUCCAAGCUCCUUUUGAGCACAUCCAACAAUGCUGGUAGCAGUGGUAAGAACAUGUCCCUCAGCACCACCUCGGGUAAGCAGGUCAUAACUAUCACCGUGGAGGAGGCCGAGUAG